AUGCUCUUGCCUGUCAUCUUACUCUUGGUGUUUCAGGUCAUCAAGGCAGCCCCGGCCGGCCCUGGUGAAUACGACUCCGAUUGGCUGCAGCUUCUACAGGUAUUGUCUUCCUCGCAAAGCCAUGUCUGGCCGAGUCAGCAUCAGGGUGAGACCUCAAGUCAAUCACAUUCGAGUUUUAUACCACAAAACACAGACAUCGGCUCUUGGUCGCCUACCAACAGUAUCAAUGAUGAACUAAGAUACAGCCCCCAUUACUGGGGAGGACAUACGCCUGACAUUCAGCCCUCUCCGUCUUAUCUGUCCUCAAGCCAUAUGACAUCUCUUCAUUCUUCGUUUGCACCACAGGGGCACUCGCACAUGCCACCCGAGCUGGAUCCCGAAGAUCUCGAUUUCGUUAAUAAUGUCUUGAUCGAUUUAGAUCACGAGGGACCUCCCCAAGGUGAUGAAUCCAACAUUGUUGCGGCCACAACUGCGGCAAAGGUAGUCAACCCCCUACCACCGAGCCAAUCAACGUCAGGUGUAAGCACAUUACAGCGCAAGCUUGCCCGGAAACGCUCUUCGACUCAGAAGAACCGCACUCGCAAGCAACCAAACCCGGAUAAAAGGACGGCUGAGCCCAGCACGCUACAGAGUAUUCCAUAUACGGAAGCACUGAGAAAUGAUGGCAGAUCGACGGGUACCUUAACCUUGAGACCCAACGAGAAGCUUAUCCAAGACCUCAGCUCGCGAAUUUUUGCUGAUAAACUGCGUGUAGUGGAAGAUCGCCUUCUCCGCUUUCUGAAACCAGAUCAAUUCUUCAGACGGUGGCCACUCGGAAGGCGUAGUCGCCGCCUUCCCAUAUUCGGCACCACCGCAGCGGACGGUACGACCAAGCUCGGCAUCUACAUGACGGAUCAUCACACGUCCCACGAAAGUCCGAAUUUCAAAGACACUAUCCUGGAAAACAAACGCUACUAUAUGUUUUUUGGUGUACCCACGACUCUAAAGGCAAAGAAUCCUAUCGAGUAUUACGGAGCCGGCUACAUAGACUCGAAAGAUUUUCAUACUGUUGACCAGCAUCUUUCGCCGUUGCUAGAAGGAAUAAAAGAGGCAGCCGAGCUUCGAUUGUAG